AUGGCAACCCGAGCAGCCAACAAGCGGCUCACUCGCGAGUAUGCCACCAUCCAAGCCAACCCCCCUCCAUAUAUAGUCGCCCACCCUUCCGAAAACAAUAUCCUAGAAUGGCACUACAUCCUUACCGGUCCCCCAAAUACUCCCUACGUGAACGGCCAAUACUGGGGCACCCUCCUCUUCCCACCCACCUAUCCCUUUGCUCCACCGUCGAUCCGUAUGCACACGCCCUCCGGCCGCUUCCAGCCUUCAACUCGCCUCUGCCUUUCGAUUUCCGACUUCCACCCAAAGUCUUUCAACCCCGCCUGGGAAGUCUCGACGAUACUAAUAGGCUUGAUGUCUUUUAUGACAAGCGAUGAGAUGACGACAGGUAGUCUGGGGGCUAGUGAUGCAGAGAGAAAAUGGCUUGCUGCGAGGAGUAGGUGGUGGAACAGCACUGGCGGGGGGAGUGUGAAAACACCCGUCAAGGGCAACACUGCAACAGUCAAAGGGGUGGGAGCAGUCAAAGCGGGAGACGGAGGUGUCAAGUUUAGGGCUGAAUGGCCCGAGCUGGAUGAGGAGAACUGGAAUUGGAUGAAAGAGCACAGGAUCGAUGCUGCGACAGGGAAGAUCCUGGCCAAUCCCGAGGGUGAAAAUAACACAACCAGUGUAGCGUGCUCGCCUGAAGUGGCGGCAUUAAAAAGAGGGCCUGGGGGCACGACUGGCCUGGGAGAUGCGGGAAGGGCAGCGAGAGAGGCGGGUCAAAGCUGGGUAAGGAGAAAUAAGCUCAUGGUGGUGGGAAUCGUGGUGAUAGGCUAUGUGCUGAUGGCGAGACUGGUGGGCGAGGGAGGGGCGGCAAGUCCAUAA